AUGAAGGCCCCGGGAUCGUUUUUUUGUUUGUUUCACAGCCAACUGUCUCUGCCACUUGCUCAGAAUUUGUUUGAGGACAACCCUGUUUGCACUGUGACAAACCUCCACCUCUGUUGUCAUCUUUGUUGUUCCCUGUGUUGCCAACCUCUCAGCAGAAUUGCCGUCACAUGCGCCAGGAAUGCAAUUGGACCUGAUUCAGGUGUUGGUGCAUUCAUGGCCGGCCGCCUCACCCGCUACAUCGAAUCCCUGUGUUGUGGCACCAGACAUGUAUCCUUGGGACAAUUUCUAUGCUCCAAUGCCCAGCAGACUGCUGCUCUCAAAGUUCCAAGUGGUUCCACUGUUGUGAACACAAAGCCAAUGCAAACGAACGCAAAGUGA